AAAAUAAACAGGGUAAAGGUUGGUUACUGUGCAAAUUUAACAAAACACUGAACUCACUCAUAAUCAACAAAGGUGCAAGAGUUUGGAAAAGGUUCUUGCAGCUAUUCGACAGAAAAAUGGCAAAGAACAUCCUCUGCUUGUGGAGUUGUCUUUUUUCAGUAUUAAUUUACACCAGCGUACAUGGAGCUCUGGAACAGGAGACUGAAAACAACAUACAGAUAUUUGAGAACAACAACGAUUUUGCUUUCCGUCUGUACAAAAGCAUAGUGGCACAACCGGAUUCUCAGUCCAAGAAUGUGUUCUUCUCUCCACUGAGCGUGUCCAUGGCACUGGCUGCCCUUUCUUUAGGAGCAGCUGGUGAGACCCAUCAGCAGCUUUUCAGUGGCCUCGGAUUCAACAGUUCCAGCAGUGAGGAGGUGCACAAGGCCUUCCUCAAUCUCCUACAGAGCCUCAAUCAGAGGACAGAUGUGGAUCUGGAAGUUGGCACUGCUCUCUAUGUCCAGGACACUUUUAGGCCUCAUGCUGAUUUUCUGGAGAAGAUGAAGCGUUUCUACCUUUCAGAUGGUUUCUCUGUUGAUUUCACCAAAACUGCAGAGACCACUGAGCAGAUAAACAAGUACGUCAGUGAAAAGACACGCGGCAAAAUUAGCAAGUUUAUUAAAGAUCUGAAAUCCAGAACAGUCAUGUACCUGCUCAGCUAUGUCUAUUUCAGGGGUAAAUGGCUCAUCCCAUUCAGCACCAGAUCUACUCGAAAGAGAACAUUCCAUGUGGAUGAUGAAACUACUGUUCCAGUUCAAAUGAUGUACAAAAAAGAUUUCUUUGAUGCCUACUACGAUCAUCAGCUUUCUGCACAAGUCCUUUUUCUGCACUACAAUGAUUCGUUUUCCAUGAUGCUGGCUCUCCCAGAAAAAGGUCUCUGUGCUCUGGAGGAGGUUGUGUCACCACAACACAUAGUAAAGUGGCUGAAAAGGAUGAAGGAACGAGAGUAUGAGAUCUAUGUCCCUAAGCUCUCCCUAAAAACCUCAUAUUCCCUGAAAGACACUCUGACUGGAAUGGGAAUGAUGGAUAUGUUUACAAGGAAGGCUAACUUGACUGGGAUUUCUUCUGAUAAACUAUUAGUUACUGAGUUUGUGCAUCAAGCCAGUCUGGAUGUGGAUGAAACUGGGGCCACUGCAACUGCUGUGACUGGAGUAGAAUUUAUGUUUGCUUCAUUGUCUUUUACUCCAGUUAUCAACUUUAAUCGUCCAUUUAUGAUCUUUGUAAUUGACCGGCAAAGAAAGACUGUCCUCUUUAUGGGGAAGAUAGUCAAUCCAGAAAAUAUGACGUGAGAUGAAAUUAGAAAGUUUUGUCUCUUUGUUUAUUGGAUUAACAUUUUCUAAAAUAACUAAGAAACAAAAACAAAAAUUAAAAUAAAAAUUACUACAACUUUU